AUUUGAUGAGCGUGAGAUGGGCAGGCUUAAAGCCACACAACGCUCAAAAAUAAUCCCUUUCUCUUUCUUUGCUUUGGUUUGGUUUGGUUUGUUUCGUUGUCUGUGUGUGUGAUUCCAAUCCAAUCCCUCCAUGGAUUACCAAAACAACUGAACCUUUCUUCUUCUUCUUACAAACUCCCUCCCAUGGCGCUUCUUCUUCCUCGUCUCUUCCCUUCUCUCUCCCUUCACUCCAAAUCCAAAGAUAAUCCUCUUCUCUUCAGACCCUCUUCUCCUUCUCCUUCUUCUCCUACUCUCUCUCUUACCAGCGUUCAUUCCCCUCAGCUUCAGGGCUCUCAACUCGCCUCUCCUCCUGGUUCUCCCGAUUCCCGCUCCGAUAAGCCAAGAGACGACUUCUAUGUCAAUCUCGGCCUCGCUGUUAGAACUCUUCGCGAUGACCUUCCGUUAAUUUUCGCCAGAGACCUCAAUUACGACAUUUACAGGGACGAUAUUACUUUCACUGAUCCUCUCAACACAUUCACUGGGAUUGAGAGGUACAAAUUGAUAUUCUGGGCGUUGAGAUUUCAUGGAAAAAUUUUGUUCCGUGAGAUUGGAAUUGAGGUUUACAGGAUUUGGCAGCCUUCUGAAAACGUUAUACUGAUUCGUUGGAACUUGAAGGGCAUUCCUAGGGUUCCAUGGGAGGCUAGAGGUGAGUUUCAGGGGACUUCACGGUAUAAGGUGGAUCGAAAUGGGAAAAUUUAUGAACAUAAAGUUGAUAAUUUAGCGUUUAAUUUCCCUCGGCAACUGAAGCCAGCUGCAUCGGUGUUGGAUUUGGUUUCUGCUUGUCCUGCAAGCCCUAAUCCGACGUUCUUGUGGGGAACAGAGGAUUUGCAUUGUUCUUCUUGGGUUGAGCUUUAUCAAGCAGUGAGGAGAAGUGUAGGUGGAGAAGGGUAUUUGAUUACACAAGAUGGAUUUCUUACAUGUUCAUAGUAUAUUUUUACCAUUCUGCCUUUUCAAUAUAGAUUUCUCUACCUAGCCCUUUUGUUUUGUAUUCUCACAAUUAUCAUAUUGAUAGCAAGUAAUAGAGUAUAAUAAAAGGAAAACAUUGUAGACAAUCUUAUGAACAGACACAAGGAUUUGGCAGCCAUGGUGGGAAGGAGGUGGGAAACACAAUGGAAAUACAAUUGUCAGUGUCCAGAAUUGUCUUAUUGUCCUGUGUUUGUUCUGUCCACAAUCUUGUGAAGAAAAUGAAAACAUUGUAGUGAAUAACUGUCAGUCUUCUUUAUAUAUAGAUAAGUGAAGUGAGUGGUGACAGGUUCUGGUUUAUUUUGAUGUGUUAUUUGAAGAUAAUCAUGUAUACAGAUGAUAUUAUUGAAAUUGUAUAGUUCUUUUCAUUGCAA